UCCAGUGCAGUAGGUGCUAUGUGCUUUUGUAUUCAACAUGUUGUGUUGUGUAACUUCUGUUAGGAUGUGUUGCUGGUAGCUGAAAGUUUUAGGUCACCCGUUGAUGUCCUACUUCUUGGCCACUUUCACCUCAACAAUGGUUCGUAAACUCACUGAACAGCUUCCUAAGAAAUGAGAGACACUUUGAAAACAAUUUUUUGAAUGCUAUUUUUCUUUUGAUAUUGUAAAAUAAUGGUUACUUGAAGGAUAUAAGACCUCUCAAGAGGUGAACAAUGAUGUUCAAGUACAAAUAUAUUUUUGCAGUGUUGGUAGCAGUUAUAAUCACACUGUAUAUAUUUUUCACAUCUUACACCGAGCCAGAGUAUUUACGGUUUGUGGAAUUCACUCCAUCGUUCAACUCCACAAACAUCCUUGGAUUAGAGUUGACUUAUGUCGUAAGAAACAACUGUACAAGAGAAAGUGGAAUUAGAGCGAUACAAAUAGUAACAUCAUAUGCAGGAAAUAUAGAAGCGAGAAGUUCUUUGAGAAGAGCGUAUCCGAAAGAGGAGCUUGGAAAGUUAGGUAUUUAUCGAGUGUUUUUACUCGCUAUGCUGAAACCAGGUGUAAGCGAAGUCAGUCAGAACGCAAUACUCCAUGAGACCGAAAGGUACAACGACAUUGUUCAAGGGGAUUUCAUCGAAAACUAUAGGAAUCUCACAUACAAACAUCUCAUGGGCAUUAGAUGGGCGGUUACCGAAUGUGAGGCAGACUAUGUAAUCAAAAUGGACGAUGACAUUAUCGUCGAUAUGUAUUCUUUGAUGAAACUCGUCGAGUCUAAAGAAAAAACAAAAUAUGACAUAAUGGGUUACAUAUUUAAAGACAUGAGACCAAUACGACUGACUGCAAACAAAUGGUAUGUAACAGAAGAUGAGUAUGAAGCAAAUAGUUAUCCUACGUUUGUCUCAGGAUGGUUGUACGUUUUACGCUUUAACAGCGCUAAAAAAUUACUAACUCCGCUAAAACAUGAGAGGUAUUUUUGGAUCGAUGAUGUUUUUGUUACUGGGAUGCUGGCAGAAAAAGUGAACGUCUGUUUUGAAAACAUGGAAGAAUAUUUUACAACCAAUCCGGAGUAUUUUGAGUGCUGCAUGAGGGACGAAGUCGAGUGCGGAUUCAUCGUUGGACCGAGUGGUGGAGACUACAAUAUCAACAUAGACUUUCAAAAGCACUCGGAAAAGUGUUUCAACAGUAACUGCACUCAAUACAAAAAUGGUAAAACUUUCCGUAAUUCCUGUGUUGUCAGUAGGAAGAGGCCGCCAAUUGGAAAAGGAUUUGCCAAAUUAGAUGUGGUUAAAUUAUGAAAAUAUUUUUAAUGCCAUAAAAUUUGAGCUAACAUUAAACGCCAUAAAUUUGAUUUGUUUGCUAGUUAAUAUCGUAAAGUUGUUGCAUACCCUGUAAUGCCAUAAUGGUCUACCAUAUCAAUAAAUCAAUGAACAAUCUAGUCAAAUAAGUGGAAAACUACCUUUUUGUUAACAAUUUUGUUCUUUUUUAAAGAUUAAUAUUUUUACAAAGAGAUUUGUUUCAAUGUGUUUAAUUUAGUCUUGUUUAUAUUUUAAUUUGUUUUGUUUUCAAUAAACCAUUACUAAUAUCUA